AUGAACUGCUCUGUGCAUUCUCAUGCAUUGACUAUAAGACAUGUAAGAUAUGUUGAAGCACCGCCCCUACAAAACGUAGGUUUGGUCUUGGAAAGUACGGUGCCGUGCAAUAAAGUAUCCAUAUAUCCGACUGCAGUCGCACAUUCUCAAGCGUCCAAUAAUUGUCGCCGGAGACCGGAGAUUGUUCAAUCAAGUUCGACACAAGAGAUGGUAGGCUACAUCGAACAGUUGAAAGAUCAUACAUGGAAUGUGGUGCCCGAGCAACAGAAAGUAUUGUCCUUCAAGGCCAUCAUGUCACCAACGCCUUCGUUCCCCUGCGUGCAACCCGUCUAUACCACAGACCUCGGCAGCGGGUGUCACAGUCACAGCUCCUCAAGACGCGCCAAUGUUUGA